AUGGACCCUUGCAGCAGAACUUCUGAGCUUGUGGAUAUCUCCCGCUUUGAUACUCAGGGUCUCUGUGCCGAGUAUCAGCUACGAAGACACAAAUUUGAAGAUCUGGCUGAUGCCGGAUGUCAUCAAGCGAGAUCUGAUUGGAUCAAAUAUGUUGGACCAGUCAAUGAAUUUGGAGGCUGUAAUCAUAUCAAUGGGAACUUCUCUGCCGUAGUGCUGCCAUUGUGUAAGCCUGAUCGGUUGGAGCUUGUGGCAUAUGUCCUUGAGUACGCAUUUCUUCACGAUUCCGUCCUCGAGGCCGAGGAUACAUGUCCGGAAGCUGCAAAGCAAGCCAAGUCUGGUAUUCGUCACAUCCAUGAGAAGAUCAUGGGCCGACUCCUACAGACGGAUGAAAUCUGCGCCAAGAGGAUUGCAAAGGUCUGGAAGGAGAUGAUUGCUACGACUAUGAGAGAUAAGCGUGUCGACUUCCAGUCGAUCGAAGAUUAUUUGGAGUUCCGAAUGGUUGACACAGGGGCACCAUUCGUCGAGGCCAUCAUGCUCUUUGGAAUGGGCAUGACUCUGACACCUCAAGAAGAUGCAGAACUUGACCGUAUCAUCCGUCCAUGUUUUGCCGCCUUGGCCUUGACAAACGAUUACUUCUCUUUCGACAGAGAGAUAGAAGAGGAAGAAUCAUCGAUCCUCAUCAACUCAGUUGCCAUUGUCAUGCGUCUUCAGAACCUGGACAUUCCCUCAGCCAAGAUUGUGAUUAAGGAUACAAUACGAAAGUAUGAGAAGGGAUUCAUGAGACAAAUUGAUGAGUAUAAGAAGCAGAAGGGAUCUGUGCCGGAAAAGAUCGAUCGGUACAUGGAGGCCAUGUCUUACCAGAUCAACACUGUUACUAUAACCAAAAUGUCGGCUCUUCGCUUCUCUCAACCUCUUCUCCGUCGCGCAGCCCUGCGCACGGCAAACACCACAACCCGCCGCUUCCUAAACACCGAAUCCGCACCAACUCUCUACUCAGCCCACGCAAAAGCCAUCGGCGCUCGCAAAGGCCGUAUCGAAGGCGAGAACCUCAAUGUGGAACUCACCAUGGCCAAAGCCCUAGGCGGGCCUGGCGACAAGGGAAAGACGAACCCCGAAGAACUCUUCGCUGCUGGCUACGGCGCUUGUUUCCAAUCUGCCAUGAACGCGUGCGCUGCGCAGAUGGGUAUCACAAUGCCAACAAACACUGAGGAUAGUGUCGUUGACACAACGGUGCAUCUCGUUGGAGAUAUGAAGGAAUUGGAUAUGAGUCUGCGUGUGGAUAUGAAGAUCAAGGUCAAGGGCUUGGCGAAGGAGGAUUUGGAAAAGGUUGUUAAGAAGGCGCAGGAGGUUUGUCCUUAUUCGAGAGCUACAAAGGGUAAUGUGGCUACGAACUUUGAGUAUGUUCAGGGAUAA